AUGGCCACGGUCAAGGACAAGCUGAUCAGCCCGGUCGCGGAAGGACCCAAGGUUCCCAACAACAAGAUCACGGUUGUGGGGGUUGGCAUGGUUGGGAUGGCCUCUGCUAUCAGCAUCCUUGGAAAGGGUCUUUGUGAUGAGCUUGCUCUGGUUGAUGUUAUGGAAGACAAACUAAAAGGAGAAAUGAUGGACUUGCAGCACGGGAGCGUGUUCCUUCACACUCACAAGAUUGUGGCAGACAAAGACUAUGCUGUCACUGCCAACUCCAGGAUCGUGGUGGUGACUGCAGGAGUCCGUCAGCAGGAGGGGGAGAGUCGGCUCAACCUGGUGCAGAGGAAUGUCAAUGUCUUCAAAUUCAUCAUUCCUCAGAUUGUCAAGUACAGCCCCAACUGCAUCAUCUUGGUAGUUUCCAACCCAGUGGAUAUAUUAACCUAUGUCACAUGGAAGCUGAGUGGGCUGCCAAAACACCGUGUGAUUGGAAGUGGCUGCAAUCUGGACACGGCCAGAUUCCGUUACCUGAUGUCUGAGAGACUUGGGAUCCAUCCAAGCAGCUGCCAUGGCUGGAUCUUGGGAGAGCACGGUGAUUCCAGUGUGGCUGUUUGGAGUGGAGUGAACGUGGCAGGGGUUUGCCUCCAGGAGCUGAACCCUGACAUGGGAACUGACAAAGAUCCUGAGAACUGGAAAGAGAUCCACAAGCAAGUGGUUGCAAGUGCCUAUGAGGUGAUCAAACUAAAGGGAUACACAAAUUGGGCUAUUGGCUUUAGUGUGGCUGACCUCUGUGAGACCAUCCUGAAGAACCUGUACCGGGUUCAUUCAGUGGCUACUCUGGUAAAGGGCAUGUAUGGCAUUGAGAAUGAUGUCUUCUUGAGCCUUCCUUCUGUCCUAAGUGCCUCUGGCCUGACGAGUGUCAUCAACCAAAAGCUGAAGGAUGAUGAGGUGACCCAGCUGAGGAAGAGCGCAGAGACACUGUGGAACGUCCAGAAGGAUCUCAAGGAUCUGUAACUCAGGAAUGUUAGGUUCCAGCAAUAGAAAAAGCAUGUUUGCAGAUGUGGGCUCUAUUCACCAUAUAUCUCAAUGGUUAACAUGAAAUGUUCUUCCAGACUUUGGUCCAUGGUAGCUAAACUUAAGCUUGCUGUAACGCACAAACCUUACAAACAAAUAAAGCAAUUUUCAGGCA